AGGUGCUGGCUGCGGGCGGACUGUUAAACCGCGGCGGCGGCGGCGGCAGCCGGGACAGGAACGGGGCGCGCUCUGGAGACGAGUCAGCAGCGCCCCGGGUGGGGGAGGCGGGCGGGCAGCUAGAGAUCACUUCAGCAGCCCCCACCACGGCCGGACCAAAGGUGCGGCGGCGGAGGGGAGCCAGGGCGCCCCAGCAGGUUUCCAGUAAUUAUCUGCAGGACUCGCCAUGACCCCAGCUCUGAGGGAGGCAGCAACAAAGGGUAUCUACUUUUCAUCUUUACCAAGUACCAUGGAGUCUGACAAGAUGCUAUGCAUGGAAGGUCCAAGAACUGUAGAUGAAAAGCUAAAGGGAGACACGUUCUCUCAGAUGCUGGGAUUUUCAACUCCUGAACCUACUGUUAACACUAAUUUUGUGAACUUAAAACAUUUUGGUUCCCCUCAGUCUUCAAAACAUUAUCAGACAGUUCUUUUAAUGGGUUCUAAUUCAACAUUAAAUAAAUACAGUAAGAAUUAUAAACAAAAGAAAUUAGGAGAACCCGACUGCAAUAAGCUGAAAAACAUACUGUGUAAUGGCAGCAACAUUCAGCUCAGUAAAAUCUGUCAUUCUCAUUCUGAAGAGUUCAUCAAAAAGGAACCUCUGUCAGAUAACACGAGCCAGUGCAUGACAGAUGUAAAACUUAUUUGGGAUUCAAGUAUAACCAAAGACACUAAAGUAGAUAAAGUACAACUAGAAAACUGUAAAUCAUACCAAAUGAAUGCACUUUUGGAUAAAGUUACUGAUGCUGAGAUUAAAAGAGGUUUAUUGCACUCUGCUCAAAAGAAAAUUGGGCUUGGCCAUUCAAAUGUGCCUAUUAGUUUCUCAGCUGCUGAAAAAGAGGAGGAAGUGCAUGCUCGUUUACUUAAUUGUGUAAGCAAACAGAAAAUUUUACUUAACCAGGCUAAAAGAACUCAGAAACAUUUGCAGAUGCUCCUGGCAAAGCAUGUUGUUAAACAUUAUGGUCAGCAAAUGAAAUUUUCUAUGAAACAUCAGCUCCCCAAAAUGAAGAUCUUUCAUGAACCUACCACAAUUUUGAAUAACAGUUUACCUAAAUGCACUGAAAUUAAGCCAGACAUCAACUUAUUGACUGCAGAGAAUAAAUUGUGGAGUGAUACAAAAAAUGGCUUUGCACGGUGUGCAGCUGCAGAAAUGCAAAGAUUUGCGCUGUCUGCUACAGGGCUGUUGUCUCAUGUCGAAGAGGGUCUGGAUUCUGAUGCAACUGACAGCAGCUCUGAUGACGAUUUGGAUGAAUAUACCAUUAGAAAAAAUGUGGCAGUUAACUGUAGUACUGAAUGGAAGUGGCUUGUAGACAGAGCAAGAGUUGGCAGCCGAUGGACGUGGCUUCAAGCCCAGAUUUCAGAACUAGAAUACAAAAUCCAACAACUAACGGAUGUUCAUAGGCAGAUUCGUGCCUCCAAGGGGAUAGUGAUCCUAGACGAAUGUCAACUUCCAAAAGACAAUUUGAAAAAACAGAUACAAUUUGCAGACCAACCAACUUCAUUAAAUAUUGCAAGGAAUCCUCAGAUUCCCCAGGAGAGUCAAGAUCCUUUACCAGAACAAGAUUUUGAAAUGUCACCAAGUAGCCCUACACUGCUUCUUCGCAAUAUAGAGAAACAGAGUGCACAGUUGACUGAAAUCAUCAACAGUUUGAUUGCCCCUCUCAACUUGUCCCCAACUUCAUCACCCCUCUCCUCCCGAUCCUGUAGCCGUAAAUGUCUGGCUAAUGGCAUUUCCAGGAGUACUUCAGAGAAUUUAGAUGAGCUCUCUUCCUCGAGUAGCUGGUUACUUAACCAGAAGCACAGUAAGAAAAGGAAAAAAGACAGGACAAGAUUGAAAUCACCAUCCUUGACUCUCAUGAGUACAGCAGCUCGAACAAGGCCACUUCAGAGUUUCCACAAACGAAAACUCUACAGAUUGAGCCCUACUUUUUAUUGGACUACGCAGACUUUGCCUUCAAAAGAGACAGAGUUUUUAAAUACUACACAGAUGCCUUGUCUGCAGUCAGCUUCAACCUGGAGUGCCUGUGAACACAGUUCAGAAUCUCAGCUAUUCAGAGAACAUGUGUCAGAGCUAGAUUCUUCUUUCCACUCUGUUCUGUCAUUGCCAUCAGAUGUGCCUCUCCAUUUUCACUUUGAAACAUUGUUUAAAAAGACUGAAAUAAAAGGCGAUCUUGCUGAAAAUAAAUUUGUAGGAGACUGUAUCCUAUCUCCAUCCCCUGUGCAUAACACUUCUCUGAGUCAAUGGAGAAAUGGAUUUUCUCCUACAUGCAAGCCUCAAAUAAGGUCAGAAUCUUCUGCACAGCUGUUACAGGGAAGAAAGAAAAGACACUUGAGUGAAACAGCACUAGGAGAAAGAACUAGAUGUGAGAAAUUUGCUUUUCAAUGCACAGAACCAGGAUCCCAUAGCAAUUUGACUGCUGUUACUAAUGUCAACGUUGUAUCAAGAACCCAGAAUUCAUCACAAAGCACUGCACGACGGAGACUGCGGAGUGAGAGUUCUUAUGACAUAGAUAAUAUUGUGAUUCCCAUGUCAUUAGUGGCCCCAGCUAAAUUGGAGAAACUCCAGUAUAAGGAAAUACUUACUCCAAGCUGGAGGAUGGCUGUCCUUCAGCCUUUGGAUGAAUGUGAUGUAUGUGAAGAAGAGACAGAAGAUCUUUCUGAUGAAGUCUUUGCCCUAAGACACAAAAAAUAUGAAGCAAGAGAGCAAGCCAGAUGGUCACUAUGGGAGCAAAGCAAGUGGCACAGAAGAAACAGCAGAGCUUACAGUAAAUGUGCUGAAGGGCAGGACUUACGUUUGAAAGAAUACCCUAGUGAAUUUAACGGUGGUCAGCACUGUGCUGUCGAAAGUCCUCAGAGCCAGGAUCUGCAUGCACAUGGCUCACCUUCAGUAAAUGAAAAUCAAGAAAUCAAGUCUUUGUGGUGGGAACGAAGGGCUUUUCCACUGAAGGAUCAAGACACAGAAACCUUAUUAUGCCAAGAUGAAAAAAAAGAUAAGAUUGAAAGAUCAAGCCCAGCUUUCAAAGGUGAAGUCGUCUGUACCAGUGCACCAGAGAACAGCCAAUAUCCAAAAAAGCAGGCAGACGGAAUGGAAGAGUACAAAACCAUUUCUGUAGGACUUACUCAUGUUAAAAAAAAUAGGUGACAAAAAAACAGGUUAAGCAAACAAUGUAACUGAAUGGAAAACAGGAGAAAAAAAUAAGCCCUGUUCUCCGUCUCCAACCCCCUGCAGUCACAAUUUGAGUACGAGCAUGUACUGCAUGUAGUAAUCUUUUAUGCUGUUUAUGCCAAGGGCAGGUAUGUCUUUCCUUCUUGAACCACAGAGGUAACUAACUAGCUUUUCACUUACAGACAAGUGCUAGUCAUUUGUGUUUAUGAUACAAAUCAAAAGCACCAAAAAGUUAACUGCUACAAUUUGAUGUCAAAUCACAUGACUGGGUAAAUAAUUUUUAAAAGAUUUUAUACCCAUAUAUACAUACAUAUAUACAUACACCCCUGUGCAUCAAAUGACAGCUCUUCUUUUUCCUAUAUAAAUGGUAUUAGAAUAUACAAAUGUGUGUAUAUGCUAUACAUACACACACACAUAUGCACUGGCAGAUACCACUCAAAAAUGCAUGUAUGAACUACCCCAUGAAAUAUAAGCUGCACUAUAAAGCAGCACAGGUUUCCAAUGGUAAUAAUGGACACCUAAAGUCUUGACUAUGAAGAGGGAUUUUUAAAAAUGUGUUUAACCAAUAGAAGUUAUUUAUGGAAAUUUCUACACCAGAUAACACAAUAUUCCUUUAUUUGAAAUCACUGAUAUCUGUUGGACGACACACAGGUCAUUUGCUAUGCACUCCUAACAGAAUGAGACAAGCAAAGUGAAGUUUAAAUACUGGUGUCUUAAAAAUAAUCACCUUUUUUAAAAUUUGAGUUUAAUCUACCUUAUUUUAUGUACCUCAUGAAGAGAAGACACUAACUUAAAAUAAGCAACACACAGGAAAGUUCUGUCAGUAUAAUAAAAAAAUUACUGUUUUUCUAGUUAAUUUGGUCAUUCUUUACCAUAGCUUACUCUAUUCAAACAAGUAAGUAUCUAUUCUCACUUGUAUCCUAGAGUGAGAAUCACAACUUUUCAAAGGAUAAUGUUUCACUGUUAUCAAUAUUGAAUACUGGAGUGUACAUUAAGGAGAAUUCCUUUUGAAGCUAUUACAUCAUUUUUUUUUUUUUUCUGUGUACGUUGAGGACAAUUUAUAUGAAUCGUUUUUUCUCAUGUAAAAAAGGUUUUCCAAGUUGUAGCACCCAAAUAACUGACAAUCCUGGCCAUGUGACCUAGACUUGGGGGAUUUGACACAGUUUUGUUAGGGACUGGAAAUUAUGCUAGUUCCUUUAAAGAAAAAAAAAUUCAAUUUCAAUACGGACAAAUUUUUGCUAGUAGUUUUACUGUACAUUUAUUUUUUCAAAAAGAAAUGCCAGACAAACCCAUGUUGUCUGGGCAAAUAAACUCAAAUCUUUCUGUCAUGUCUGAUAUUAUAAUCUUCUAUGUAA